AUGUUGACGUGGAUUUCAAGUGCGGUUGAUCGCAGGGUUCGUAACCUAGGGUUUGGUAUCAAGUGGUCGGCAGAUCCAAUAAGCUUGCCCAAAAGCCUUUAUAUGAGUGAGACGCUUGUGGGUCUCUGUCUUUCUGACAAGGUUUAUGUAGAUGUUUCUUUUCCAGUUUGCCUCCCUUCCCUCACACAUCUUACCCUUGUCUCUGUGGUAUACAAAGAUCACGAUUCUCUUGCUAGGCUCUUGUCGGGUUGUCCUAAUCUCAAGCGUAUGUAUGUGGCACGACAUCACCAAGAUAAUGUGACAAAUUUUAGUGUAAAAGUGCCAUCUCUAGAGACCUUCAUGUAUAACCAUGUGUCGUCAUUCAACGAAGAUGUCGAAGAAUCUUUGGUCAUAGAUUCUGCGAGUUUAAAGAAAUUAAGCAUUUCAGAUUUUUGGACAGAAUCUUGCUCGAUUGAGAACAAGCCUCGUCUUGAUAACGCACUUAUCUACAUCCGGUUUUACCCUGAUGAGGAGUUUAUGAGAUCUCUUUCCUCAGUCAUGUAUCUCGAGUUAAAUAUGUCUCCUGCGACGGUUGCGUGUUGUGAGGCCAUUCGAUUCUCCCAGCUUAUAGAGUGUAAAAUACGACCUUUAAAGCUAGACUGGUUUGAGCCACUAUUGUUGUUGCUUCAAAAUUCUCCUAAACUGAAAGUUCUUGUCAUCGACCAGGUAUGUUUUCGAAAUGAGGACUUUCCACUUUCGUGGAACCAACCGAGUUCUGUUCCCGAGUGCUUGUCAACCAAUCUCGAGGUCUUUGAGUGGGCAGGAUAUGGAGGAACAACCGAACAGAAAGAUAUGGUAAGCUACAUCUUUACCAACUCCAAGUGUUUAAAGAGAGUUGGAAUCUCCUUAAAAUCAACUUGCAAUAGAAAGAAGAUAAUGAAAGAGUUAGAAUCCAUGCCUCGGAUCUCAACAUCUUCUCAGCUUCUAUUCUCCACUCAGUUGAAGUUUACGGCUUACAGAAAACGUUACUAA